UAUAAGAAGUAUGUGUGACUGUCAAAGUCUCCAGAAGAACCGUGACUGGUUCUGCAAGAUGCUCAAUAAAACUUACAGCUCAUUUCCUUAUAAAACUGCACUAAUUCUACCUGAGGCUACUUUUUUUUUUUUUUAAGCAAAGGGGCAUCACACCAAAUAGUGCCUUUGUUAUAUUUAUUACUGUUUACUGCUCUUUAUAGUAUUUUUUAAAAUGGCGAAACAUUUAAUUUAAUUAUUUUUGAAGGCAUCUUUGCUCUACAGCAUUUCCUUGCAUGUGCCUAAGACUAUUGCACAGUACAGUGUAUGUAUGAAAAUGAAUUAUUAUUAUUUGUGCUGGCUUUUUAUGCCUUUAGUCCAUAGCUGUGUAGGUAGAUUAAAAUGCACUCGUUAUGUCUCAAAUGUAGCUUCUUGUCAAACCUCACUACACUGAAUGUUCUUUGUCUGUUAUCCUGGUGAUUUGCUUCAAGCACAGCACUUGUGUUAGCUAGGGCAGAGAAAUGGAAAUGGAAGCAUAUAUGAUAUAUGGGUGCAGUCAUCAGGAAACACUCAGUCGAUGUUUCCUUCCAUGGGCCUGUGCUAACACAGGAUUGGUCUACACUUUAGACAUUUUUCUACAUGUGAAAAGGCACUGAGGCAAAUGCUUUUAAUGGGAAGAAAGGAUGUCUUUUUUUUUUUUUAUUUAAUAUGGGUGCUUCCUACGCACUAGUUUAUUCCUACACACUAAUCACUCAAUUGCUUGACAGCUACCUACCAGGGAAAGUAUUAAAGUAAUAUUACUUUUCUUUUUAACUACAGCUCAUGCAGAGUCAUAGAACAGCUGACCAUGAUUGGAGGAGAUGAUAACUGCUGUCUUUUAUACAUAUGAGCCAACAGAUGAUUGUGAGGGGCUGGUUUCGUUCCAGUCAUCAGGGCAUUGUGGUAUCCCAUCAAUCCCAGAGACCCGGAUCAAUGAACCAUCUUGGACUCCUGAGUCACAAUCUCCAGAGGAAACACUUUACGCUUAAGAGCCCAGGAGAUGAUGUUUAGAGGUUCUGUACUGUUCACCAUAACAUGUUAGCAUUCAAUGUCUGAACGGUUGCCAUUCUGAAAAUGUUAGUCUGGGACUUACUACGGUACGACCCACAACAAGUUUGUAAAAGUGAUACAAUCCCAGGGCUGGUCAGCGAGUGACAUGAUUAGUUGAGCUUGUCCUUUUUUAAAAUCUAGUGUCCCAAAAAGGCAGGUUGUGGUCUUAAAAAAUGAAUGGAAUGCUUUCUUAAAUAUAUGGUGCAAAGAAGCCAUUGGGCAAAUUAUUAUAACUCAGAAACUAAAAAGACUUAUGGUAUUCUUAUUCCCUGACCUAGUGAACUACUGUAACAUGAGGAUGUGUUUUUGAUAGAGAAGACAAAGCACUUCUGUAAGUCACUCUGGAUAACAGUAAAUGUAAGUGCACUGUAAGUUAAUAAGUUCAUUUAACUCAAAAAAUUUGAGGAAACUAAUUACCUCUAAAUUUUUAAGUUGAUAAAUCAAUUUCUUUAAGCCAAAUACACUUAAAUAUAACAAAAAAAAUUUUAAAUGACAAAGUUUGAGUUAAAUUUUUGUUAUAUUCAAGAUCUAUAACUAAAUUUAUACCAACAAACCGCCCAAACUUUUGCACAGUACCAUACGCAAGCAGUUUCUACAUUUCUGCAGUCCCUAUGUGCAUGUGCGAGUGAAUGUGACCUCAUAAAUUGCGAAAUUGAUCUGUGCUUUGGACGCAAUUUAUGUGUUAAAAAUAAACAUGCAAUGAUAAUGAUAAUUUUCCCUAAACAUUAUAGGAUUGAGUUCAAAUGUCAUCAGCUGCUCAGCUAUAUAUGCAUGUAUCUACCCUACAAAAGUUCCUUUGGAUAAAAAUGACAAGUCAAGAAAUACAUUUGAUUGUAAUAUGCAAAUGCAUUCCAUUCCUGUAUCAGAGAAUGUGGGUUGCAGCCUCUUAAAAUGCAAAUGCUUGUACAUCCGAUAUCACUGAAACAGCGGUGCUUUCAGAUGUUUUUCAGAUGCAUGAACGUCUCCUAUACUGUUAGUUAAAAGCCAUCUACUGGAAUUAAAUAAGCAUUCGUUUAUAGGGCUUACAGUAAACGGUACCAUUUAGUUUGGAAAGUAUUGUGGAGUGCAGACAAAAGUUAAAGGUCUGCUGUACAUCCAGUACACCAUGCAUUUAUUCUCUGUGACCUAUUUAUGACUUGUGCUAAUUCCAUGAAGGAGAAACACAAAAGCCCUGUAAAUCGGAACGGCACUGUGCAAAUCUCCCUCUACUGCACAGGGGUGGAACUUAUCCCAGACGAGUGCUGAAUGCCUGAGCUGAAAUCAAGAAUGGAGCAUUGAUUAUUCAUGCCUGUAGGAAAAAAAAAAGUCUGUGCUCUGUCAUGUGUGGUGCCCAUUGGAGCUCAUUAAUUGGCAAGCAAGUGCAGGGAGAUGAGGGUGAGUAAGGCAGAGGGAGAGAAAGAGGAAGAGAGUCACAGUCCAAGAGAAGCUUGGCAGAACAGUGGAAGCAGGAACAGAGGGGGCUGGAAGAAGAGGAAUGGACUGGAUUUACUGCCACUCUGUGUCUGCUUUCUUGCCAACAGAAGGACAAACGUCAUACUCAUGGCUGUGCCCUUUUCUCUCUGAACCGGUGGAAACUUAAUGCCUUUCUCUGGAUCCCUUCUGCCAGGAAGAUGACCACCUACUACCACAACCAUGAGUAUUGCGCAAGAGCUUCCGAGGACUGCGGUAUUGGUGUCAGCAGAGUAACUGCUAACUGCGUUCAGCCAAGGAUCCAUCAGAACAUCCAGUCUUACCAGAGCAUUCUUGUUCACCCACAGAGACAGUCGCUACAUCUCCAGCUUCAGCAGCAGCCACAGUUCCACCAGCUCCACCACCACUUCCAAAGCCAUAACCAUCAGCAGCACCACCAGCAUCAUCCUCCUCCUCCUCUUCCUCAUCACCUGCCUUACCAGCCUGCCCAAUCCAGCCAGCAGCAGACUCCUGUGGGCUUCCACCCACACUACAGCUCCUGCACUUUACCUGCCUCCAGCAAGAGCAGACACAAGUUCACCACCCUGAGUGUUAAGAAAAACCUGACGAAAAGCAAGGCUAAAGUGAGAGCUUCUGCCAGUGCCUCGUGGCUUGAAAAUUCUUGGGGUAUUUCAUUGGAGAAGCAGGCAGAUGCCGUUCCUCCCCCUGCUCCCAUAAUCCCUGUGAUCCCUAUCGCGCCAGUCCCAGCCGAGACCACUGUCAUCCCUGCACCCACGUCACAGGCAAGCCCAGCCCCGGUGUUGGUGAACACAGACAGCCUUGACACUUCUCCCUAUGUGAGCCCAUAUGUAAAUGGAACAGAAGCUGAUUACGAAUAUGAAGAAAUUACGCUUGAACGAGGAAACUCCGGUCUGGGUUUCAGUAUUGCAGGUGGCACCGAUAACCCCCACGUCGGUGAAGACCCGAGCAUUUUUAUCACCAAGAUUAUCCCGGGUGGAGCUGCUGCUCAGGACGGCAGACUCGGGGUAAAUGACUGUAUCCUGCGAGUAAACGAUGUGAACGUGAGAGACGUCACUCACAGUAGAGCUGUGGAGGCACUGAAGGAGGCAGGCUGCAUCGUCAGGCUAUAUGUCCGAAGAAAAAAGCCCAGUGCUGAGAAAAUUGUGGACAUAAAACUUGUCAAAGGUCCCAAAGGUUUAGGCUUCAGUAUAGCUGGUGGAGUGGGAAACCAGCACAUUCCUGGAGACAACAGUAUCUAUGUCACCAAAGUCAUUGAGGGAGGAGCUGCCCACAAAGAUGGACGACUCCAGAUUGGGGAUAAACUUAUUGCUGUAAAUGUUGUUUGCCUUGAAGAGGUGACUCAUGAGGAUGCUGUGGCAGCCUUGAAAAACACGAGUGAUGUCGUCUUCUUAAAAGUGGCGAAACCCACCAGCGUGUUCAUGAACGACAGCUAUGCUCCCCCUGACGUCACCAACUCCUAUUCCCAGCACAUGGAGAAUCAUAUCAGCUCCCCAAGUUAUCUGAGCCAGCCCACAACCCCAGCCACACCUUCACGCUUCUCGCCCAUCUCCAGAGGCUUGCUGGGAGACGAAGAGAUCACAAGGGAGCCUCGGAAGGUGGUGCUACACCGUGGCUCCACAGGGCUUGGCUUCAACAUUGUGGGUGGAGAGGAUGGAGAGGGCAUCUUCAUCUCCUUUAUCCUGGCUGGAGGACCUGCUGAUCUCUGUGGAGAACUAAGGAAGGGAGAUCGCAUCAUCUCAGUGAAUGGAGUGGAUCUCCGCACUGCGACUCAUGAGCAGGCAGCUGCUGCUUUGAAAAAUGCUGGUCAGACCGUCACCUUAGUGGCUCAGUACAGACCAGAGGAGUACAGCCGUUUCGAAGCUAAAAUCCAUGAUCUCCGAGAGCAGAUGAUGAACAGCAGUAUCAGUUCAGGCUCCGGCUCGCUCCGCACCAGCCAGAAGAGGACACUCUACAUCAGAGCCCUGUUCGACUAUGACAGGACGAAGGAUUCUGGCCUCCCGAGUCAAGGAUUGAACUUCCAUUUUGGGGACAUCCUGCACGUGCUGAACGCUUCAGACGAUGAGUGGUGGCAGGCGCGCAGUGUCACCGCAGAUGGAGAGGUGGAAGAGAUCGGAGUCAUUCCCAGCAAGAGGAGGGUGGAGAGAAAAGAGCGGGCCAGGUUAAAGACGGUCAAAUUCAACUCCAAGUCUCGGGACAAAGAGCAGUCACUCAAUGGCAAGCCUAAAAAGCACGUCUUUUCACAUAAAUUCCCCUUCUACAAGAACAAGGAGCAGAGUGAGCAGGAAACGAGCGAUGUGGAGCAGCAUGUAACCUCUAAUGCCAGUGAUAGUGAUAGUAGCUGCCGUGGACUGGAAGAGUAUGUUCUAUCAUAUGAGACUGUGAUUCAGCAGGAAGUGAGUUAUGCUCGUCCCGUGAUUAUUCUGGGCCCUAUGAAGGACCGGAUCAACGAUGACCUGAUAUCAGAGUUUCCUCAUAAAUUUGGAUCAUGUGUCCCUCACACAACCAGAUCAAAGCGAGACUACGAGGUUGAUGGCAGAGAUUAUCACUUUGUCGUGUCUCGAGAGCAAAUGGAGAAAGACAUUCAGGAUCACAAGUUCAUAGAGGCGGGCCAGUACAACAAUCAUCUGUAUGGCACAAGUGUACAAUCAGUACGAGAGGUCGCAGAAAAGGGUAAACACUGCAUCCUGGACGUCUCUGGCAAUGCUAUCAAACGACUCCAUCUAGCACAGCUCUACCCAAUUGCUGUGUUUAUCAAACCAAAUUCUGUGGAAAAUAUUUUAGAGAUGAAUAAAAGGCUAACUGAGGAGCAGGCCAAGAAGACGUUCGACAGAGCUAUGAAGCUGGAACAGGAGUUUACAGAGCACUUCACUUCCAUUGUACAAGGGGACACCUUGGAGGAGAUCUACAACCAGGUUAAACAGAUCAUAGAAGAUCAUUCUGGACCAUACAUCUGGGUGCCAGCCAAGGAGAAAUUGUGAAAUAGAUGAAGUCAGAGGGAACCCCCCCCCCUCCCUUUCCUUUUUUUCUUUUUCUUCUUUGCUCUUUGUUUGGGUGAAUUGAAAUAGGAAAUGCUCUAGUAUCCGAUGGCGUGUUUGUGAGAUUGGGCAGAGAUGGUCCAGCACAUCUCAUUAAGACUCAAUUCUGGAACGUUGUGUUUCCAGAUUUCAUGGAGAAGUGUUGCACCUAACCAGGGCCUCAUUGGGAGAUUAUAUGGUACAGCUUCCUUAAUGUUUAAGGCAGGUGACUUUAUAGAUGGAAGAGAUUUUAAUGCAUACUUGGAUUUUGUUUGGAAUUUUUUUUUUCUUCAUAUAAGAGUGCAUCAAAAAUGCACUCGUGUACGAUCACUUGGAGCGGCACUUUGCACGUUUUAGCACUAAAAGCAUGUUUUGGAUGAUUCUGUUCUAGUUAACCUACGUUGAUUUUAAGUUUUUCUUAAACAUAUAUUUGAUCUACAUUAACCACAGCCACAAAAUAGUUUUUGGGGGUUUUUUUCGAUCAUAUUGUAUACUCCCUAUGAUCUUAUAAUAGGAUCAAAACAUUUAACUUAUGCAACUAUCCAGCUUCUAAACUGCACAAACAGAUGGAUGGCUUGACUGAUGACCUGGCACAAAAUAUGAUGGUUCAAGAAUUCCUGGGUGUUUUCUGCUGAUCAGGGUGUUUCUGAGUGUAUGAAUUUGAGGUUUACAGUGGCUUGGCUGAACAUGUUGUUUAAAAUUCAGGUGAAUGUGUAUUUUAGGACAUAAAUUCACAAUGCAAAUGUUAAGAGAAUUUACUGUACAUUGGGAUUUUAACAUGUAUUUAACCCUGAGUAUACUGCCUAUUUUGUUAUAAUAAAAACUCUAUAUUGAGCUUUACUUAAACUCUAAAAAUAUGGGAAUAAUUAUCUUUAUAUUGAAUAAAUAUAUAUGAAAAUAUAUCAAUCUAUAUAAAUAUUUUAAAAAGAAUAUAUUUUCCUUUACUUUCACCAUCAUCUCUUUACUUCUUUUUUUUUAUUUCUUUCUCAUGGCCCUCAAUGAAGAUGUACCUGGGCCGAGAGGGCAGUUUUCUUUUUUUAAUUUUUCUUUUUUUUCCCUCAAAUGCAGUCGCUAGCAGCUCAUUCUCCUCUGCCCUCUCUUCCAUGUGAAUCCUGUCUCACGUGGUGUGCAUGGUUUUAAAAGCAAUAGUAUUUAUAAUACGUGUGUAAUCAGUACAAGAGCUGUAUUACGCCUUUGCGUUUUCAGCCAGAGUUGUGAAGAUGCCGGGUUUGUUGUUGAAAGUCAGCAGAAGCUCAUAAACCCUAUCCUUUAGACCCAGUGUUCACUCUUAGCUGGACAGAGUGUCUCUGAAGCUCUCUGAAACACAAGCCUUUAUUUCUCCACUGGAGGGCCAGCUCUCACUUUCAUUCUCAUUUGGAGAUGAUUGUUUUCUAAAAGACUGACUCGCUUCCAUUGGACCACAGCUUUCUAACACAUUUUUGACUGGACAUUGUAAAUAAUCUGAUCUGAUUCAUUUCAUUUGUCAGAAGACAAGAAGUGCUAAUAAACAAAUCACACACUGUU